AUGGUGAAAUUUUUUAUUAUUUUUAACAACAGAAGACAGCUAAAAGGAGUCUUGGACCACUUGAAGUCAAUAAAGGCAUUUGUAAGAUGGCGCUUCAUCGGGUUAUAAAUCAACUUUAGACGCUUGCAUGCGAACAAGCGGAAAAAUCUCACGCAGGUAUUUUUCCAGUUUUACAUUUGCGGUCUUAAUAUGAGUGCUUAGACUGAUAAGGGUACCUUAUCAGUUUUCAUGUACGUAUUUUAAAUGUAUUUAUACACAAAAAUAUAUAAUCCUCGUCCAAUCGGUCUGCAGUGUGUAUAUCAUCACCACUGUCAAGUCAACAUUAAAGUGUGCAUGAGGCAGCCAUUUCGCAACCCACUGAAAGUCUGAUUGUUGGUGUUUCUACAUUACGCAUGACUGGACGAUCUGAAAACGAUAUCUGUUUUCAAAGUUUCCGACUACACAUUAAUAUUUUGGUUAAGAGAUUGAAGUUAAAGUGCGUGGCCGUCUUCAAAAUCCUCGCCAUGCAGUUUGUAAAAGUGUGUAUGGAUGAUUUCACAGAUGACGUUCUUGAGCUUUAUUAACUCCGAGAUUUUCACCUAUACGUCAUAACUCUAAUUUGAAAAUGCGCGCUUCCAUGGUAUUUUCUAACCAAGAGUCCGUGAAUGCAAUUCAUAUAAAUCACUGUCAGCUGUGAAAUAAGUGCGUAUCCUUAGCAAACUUAAUUCUGUCCCCUGUGUAAACUCAAAUUUAUGCUUCAGCUUUCGGUGGCGUUUCAUGCAAAUUGUCCUGCGAGUCAUUAGACAUUUCAAAGACUUCGCAAAACAGCCUAUUGUUUCGGGGAUUUCGCCAAUUCUCUUUCAGCUUAAUUUUCCCUACAUGCACGUUUCAGCAGUAGUCGCCUAAAUUUUACAAACAUUCAGAUGAUAGUAGCGAUCGCUACUAUAAAUACGAAGGCUUCAACUGAAAAAGAAAUCUGUUGAUCAAAUUACUUAUAUUUGAAUUCUACUUGGAUGAGGCCAUGAUUAUGAGAGUAUCCAAAAAACGAAAAACUUGCACCUUAUCAUUUAAAUAAUAAGGUGCAAAUGUUUCUUUUUUGGAUACUCUCCUAAUCAUGGACUCAUCCAAGUAGAAUUCAAAUAUAAGUAAUUUGAUCAGUUCAGCAAUCACAAUUGCAUUUGCUAGUAUGUUUGUGUUCUAAUUUUUACUAUGAUGAUAUGUGAAAUACGUUUUCCGGAUAAGUCAAGAUCUUUAGCAUAUUUGCGAGAAUUCUUUUAAUAUUUGUUAAGCUGUUUGAAUCUGGUAUAGGCUUUUGUCUUUAAAUUUUUCACUUCCAGGAGAGGAAAAGGACAGAUUAUCCGAAAGCGUGUCUCAGUUGGCUAACCUAUCCAGCGAACUUGCUUUAAAGACCGCGGCCUGGCUAUCUACAGUUACCAGCGGAGAGGAGAUGAAUGCUGCAAUUCAUAAUUUUCCGAGUUGCACACAGGACAUUCAGUGCAGUGUAAGAGCAACAAUGAGAUCUCUUACUUAACAUAAUUUGUUUCCGCUCACACCUUUAGCGCUAAAUUCGCAUAUUCUGAACACUGCCCUACUCACGUUAUCAGAUUAUUCUAUUUUUAUUACGACAUGAAUCUAAAAAUACCCAAAAAUUAUGAAAUCAAUCAAUAUUUCUAACGCCAGACUAGCAAAUAUGCUUGAACACGCUUACAGAUGACGACAUUUAAAAAAACCAAAUUAAUUGUUUUAAAUAUGAGUACAUUCAUGGUAAAUAAAAUGCAUUUUUGGGUGAAUUUUAAAAUAAGCAGGCAAAGACUGUUCAGCGCUCAAUGUGUGUUUAUAAAAUAAACAGCCUCGCAUAGAAAUGGUUAGCGACCAGCAUCCUUCAAAGUUGAGUAAAAGAGACAAAUUGAAUAUGAUUUGGUGAGAUAUUAAGGAGAAGAAAACUGUCACUCAUGGAAAGGUUAUAUACGUGUGAGACAGGACAGCCCUCCAGAUGAGAGUAUACAAGGGUUUGAAACGUUCCCCAUAAAGGUAGAAUUCCCAGAUUGGACGAGGCUGUUCGCUGCAGAUGCGAUCAAAACAUGGUUUAGAUGACAGCAGAAACAACCGUCAAUGUUGUGAGACAGAAGAAGCUCGCCGCAAUCGGUCACAGUUUGACAAGUGUUCAAGCGAGAUGAAGACAUAAAAGGCCACGAGGAUCAUUCAGGCGUGGGGAGAUGCAACCAUGAUGCUUCUUAACCGACCGACCAAACUGCUAGCAGGUGGCGAAAACAGAGGAAUCCGCCGUGAUUGUCAACAGGUUACUUGGGGCCGAAAUGAGGAGUUGGCAUGAGAAUUCGGGAUAGUUACCACCGAAGGUAAAAGUACGAGAAGUUGCUUCAGCAGCUAAUGAAAAACAGGCGAUUGUGAAAAUCUAAAUGAGAGUUUUAACUUGGACAAGCUAAGCUUGCGUUAUCAGCCAUAAAAUCGCAGGACGACCCUAUUCAUGGUCCAGAUUUUGAGUGUUCGGGAAUGAAGCAGUCAGUUAUGACUUCAUGCCUUCCGACAUUGGCAACUUACGUAACUUCGAUCUGAAAAUCGAUAAUCCAGGCUAUGAUCUAGGUUCAAAUGAAUGAAUAUCCCACUACAAUUUUAUCUUCGAUCUCAAACAUCCAUCACACCUUCAGUCGUCGCGUUUUCUGAACACUACAAUUAAAAUCUCGGUACUUUUGAUUAUGAUUUAUACUGACUAGCUGUGCAACUGUAGGUCGCAUAAUAUGCUAUCCCUAAAACCUUUUAAAAUGAACUUCAACAGUUUGUAAUAGGUGGAUGUCCUGAGGUUGUGCUGAUCGAUAACGCGACGGUUCCUAAAUCGCAAGUCUGAAAAUAUUAAUUAGUUCUGACAAGCUUUGCUGAUGCCGUACAAACGGCUCAGUAAGCAGUUUCAGCCAGCCGUCCCAUCAGGUAGAUGGACCGUGUCCACUGUUGAGAAUCUUAGCACCCAGUUCACAUGCCUUGUCGUCUGCAGUCAAUGAGCGAAUGACGCGGUCUAAUUUGCUUCGAUCACACACGAAGCUAGUGUCAACUCUUGCGCGACCCCGACGUCGAACUGACAGAGCGUAAGGCGAACGGGAAUGCGAGAGUGCACGGUUACGCUGGCGACCACGACAGUAGACUGCCAGGGUAUCCCAGGCUAAAUAGAAGGCGGCGUGUAUCGAAACCUAAGAGACAGUUCAUGUGUAAAAAGCAUGAGUAAGCAAACGGCUAGGAAUUUGAACAUGACGUCCACUGUGGAUAAGAAAUGGAGAGACACAGGAAUAGAGUGAGUGUAUCCUGCAGUCGGAAUGUUAAGGUUCGAUGAGGAAGUUGGAGUUGAUGGCAGCGGACAUGGAAGGACAGCGAGUAAAGAAGAUGGAAAAAUAGAGAAUAGCGGAGAUAGAGGAGCAGGGGGCAGAGGACAACAGAGCUCGUCCGGGGGAGUAACGUGACAGCAUCUUUGAGUCGGUCCACACUCAUGAUUUCCUUGCGAGUACCACGAUAGAUGCGGAGCGUCCUUGUCCUUCGAGGGACCGUCGUAUGGUGAUUGAGGUGGCCGUCCGAGUAGAUCACCUCGGAUAUGUGUGAGAAUUUUGUCAAGUCUCUCUUUACAUAAGACCCAAAGACUCAUGGUAUCGGAGGAACCGAGUAGAUUAACCGCAUGACUUCAAAGAGACAGUGCAGAGGGUACGCAGAAUCCUCGACCGCACCGCGAGGGGUUUGCGAGAUCUCAACGAUAAGUCGAGCAAUAGCUUCGAACAUCAGUUCAGCGGCGAAACAGACAAUUUCUGACUUAGCAGCACAGCGGAUGGCCAACCGGACUAGAGGACGGCCCGUUCAGUUCUCCGGAUCAUCUGCGGCGUUUACGGACUUUUUUAAGUGCGAUGGAACCGUUUGUCCAUCCCUUUAGCGGCCGGAUGAUAGGUUGUCGUGCGGAUACGAGUUCAGCCUAAAAAGGAGAGGAAGGACUGGCACAGAUUAGGUUUCAGCUGGGCACCACGACCAGCCGUAAUGGUGGAGGAGGCAGUAACCAUAAUACCCGAAUGAUUGAGGACGGUCUUAACCACGGUUAAGGCCUCGAAAUCGAGCAGAGGAGUUGCUUUUAGUCACUGGAGAAGUGGUCCAAACAAAUGAGAUGGAAACAGUCGUUAGACGGAGGCAAAGGCCUACAAUGUCCAGGUUUGCAUCAGGGCUGGGGAAGGUGCCGAUGGGGACUUUGUUGUGUCAAUGGGCCUUAUUCUGUUGAUAGCCGAGACACACCCGAGUCCAAGCUUCGAGGUCCUUGUGUCAAACGAAGCGGUGGGAAACCAGCUUAUCGAUUGCUCGACUCCCAGGGCUUGAGAGGUUGUGUAGGAAGGGUAAGACCUUGCGACGGGAGGAUUGUGGCAGAAAGGCGAGGUGAGGGACGACCACGGCGUCUCGGAGAAUGGUGCCAUUGUCAUUAGUUAGUGGGGGGUCCUGAAAUUGAAGUCCAGAAACGUCUGCAUUAUAGGGAGAACCGAUACAGUGUUGUUUGGCAACCAUUUCAGUGAGGUCGAGCUCGCGAGAUUUGGAAGUGAGCGAUUGAGGUCCUGGGCGGUACGCCAGCUAUCUCGUUCAGCGACCUGUCAACAUAGUGAAUAUAUGAGGUGGGUUGAGAAAUUUCGUACGGCUAGGGGAUAUCCCGGGUGUUGCGUUUGACAGAAUUAGACUUGAGAGCAAAGAAAAGAGGCUUGCUAUCCGUGAAAACCGUUAAGUUUAUGCCCUUAGGAACGUACCGAAGGUGUUUCAUGAUUAGGUCGACUGCAAGAAACUCCCGUCAAAAUGUGCUGUAGCGCAAUUCGGUAGGUAAUAGCUUUCUGGAGAAGAAUAUGGGAAACGGGAUACUAUCGUUUCAUCAUUCAGAAGCGUGCUAGCCAAAUGUAGGAUAAACUCAGGUCAAUUAAGGAUUACGCAACUCAGAUUUUGGGGAUCGCCGCGGAAACAUUCGAGUUUAAGUAAUUCCAUCAAGAGUAGAUAGGGCUCCUGUUAUUUUCGACCAUUUUUUCUUUUUAGUCAACAUGGAUUCCAGUCGAAUAGGCACAGAAUAUGGCAGAAUUCGGUUUCUUGGAGAAACGGACCAAGAAACAAGUAUUCCCAUAUACUGGUCUUUUCACAAUAACCGAUUUUUAGUUUUGGGCAAAUGCAAAACUUUCGAAGUAAUAUCCCGACCAAAGUAAUAAUCCACCCCCACCGUCUUUUGCUCAAUAACACUGAAAAUUAUAAUGUAAAUUCAAGACAUCUGCAGCUUUGUCGACAUGAAGCACACUGCAGACAUGUUUAGCAAUAUUUCGACAGUUAAUAUAAUUGAAGCUCAAAAAUCAAAAUAGUGUUACCCACCUAACAAAGUGAUUAUUUUACGUUGUAAAAGUCAAUAUUUCGCCAUGCUUGACUUAAACUCUUACUUGUUUGUGGGCAAGUUACGCUGUCCACAAAAUGCGUUUUUGCAUCUGGUAAACAGACAAAAGGUGUAGGCAGAAUGUCAUUGCCGACAAAGAUAAAGGAGACUGGAAUGGUCAUUUCUGGCCUACUAGCCGUCGUCAGACAGUCAUACCCAACCCUGAAGUGUGGAACACCCGAGGCUCGAGCUCGCAACCUGUUAGUUAGAAGUCCAAGCCUCUAAACACUGAGCCACGGGUCCGUCGUCUUGUGGGUUUUCGGAGGCCCAUGGCCCAGUGGUUAGAGGCGUGGACUUCUAACUACCAGUUCGCGAGUUCGAGCCUCGGGUGUUCCACACUUCAGGGUUGGGCAUGACUGUCUGACGAUGGUUAACAAGCCGGAAAUGUUCAUUCCAGUAUCCCUUGUCUUUGUCGGUAAUACCAUUUUGCCUAUAUCGUCCGCCGCUGUGCGGCUGCUCGUUAAGCUCGAGAGAUAGUCCGGAAGGCACAACGGAACGAGUGAGUUCCGUAAGGACGAACGGGGAGCGCCCCUCUACCAGACAAAAGAUGGCCAAAGAGCAAUUUUUCCUCUGAUCAGAAAACUACGUAAAACCGUCUUAAUGGUAGGCUUUUGCUUGUUACUUAAGAUGAAUGGAAACACUUUUAUUUUAAAAAUCCUGAAAUAAACACAACCAGAAAUUCAUAUCGAGCGUUUUAUCUACGGGGUUUUACUGGAGUCCUUUAUGGCUGAAUGACUUCCAGUAAUUGGACCACUCGGACUAUGUCAAGUGGUUAGCAUAUUCUUCAAAAUAUUAGACAAACAGUACUAUUAUUAGUUUCGCUUUUCUAAAAUGAUGUUUGAGUAAGUUAGAAUAAAUUAUUAUAAUUAACAUUUGAAAAGUCAUUCAAACAUUCAACAACGUUGUAAGCCUGUGUUAUCUUGUAUUGCCCACAGUUUACUUUACCUCCUCAUCUUCGCUUGAGGUCCCGGGAAGCCGCUGCUCUCGUCCUGAGCAACACAAAAUAUUAUCAAGGAAAUUAUAUUUUAAGGGGAACCUAACAUUCCGAAAACUUUCGGGGUAGUUUUCAUCUGGCCAAAAUCCUGUAAAAAAGUCCCAACCUCGUUCCUAUAAUCGGGGAUUUUGUACUUGAAAUCUACGUCAGUGCUUGAUUCACUUUAGUGCUGUUCACUAAAAACAACUAAACGAAGCAAGAAACCAUUGUCCUGAUGCAACACUCUAACAUUUAAAAGAAGACACUUAAAAUAUUUCAGCGAAUGCGACACAAAUUCUACGCUAGAUUGACAUGUUCAUUUGGCAUAUGCAUUUAAAUUUGUGCCUUGCUUUAUGUUUUAAUCAAAUGUAGUUUCGAAAAUUAUUCACGGAACACCUAGUAUCUGCAAGUAAAACUGCAUCCGAAUUUAGCAAAAAAGUGACUGAGUGAAUAUCUGCCUGAAGCUGGCACAACAGUUUUGACAUUUAAAAUCUUAACCUAUCAAAGGGGAACUGCGACAUGGACGAGACACAGUUAAUUGCGGAAGCUGGAUCCUCUUCCGGUCUAACAACCAUUCUGAGUGCGCUCUGCGCUCUUGAUGGAGAGAUCAAGCGCCUUCCGGUACUUAUCGAAGAGUAAGUUAAUCCUUCAUGCUUUCAAGUAACAACGACAUCUGUCUGGAUAUUCGUUCAGAUGAUGAAAUUUAAAAAGUCAGUGCAGUCUAAAUGAAUAUAAAUGAUAAUCUAUUUCAAGAUGGAUUGACUUCUGUUCCCGACAUUAAAUGUCGACUUAAUUCAUAGAUGUUUUGGGAGCCUUAAUUCUUUGAAUUACCCAUUUUAAGCAGUACUCACGAUAAAGCCUCUACUUUUACGGUGCCGGAAUUUAAUUUUUCCGUAUCGUAAGCUGUUACUGCAUUAUCUAAAACCAUUAGUUCAUCUUCUGAUAAUCUUCAAGUCAGUUCAUGGACAUGCUACAUUUAUCGUCUCCACUGAAUGGUCAUGAAGACGACAAUGGAUGAUUGCUUGGUCUUCCCCAUCUGAUAAUAAAAUACACAAUACACGCAUAAACGACGGGUAUCCUCAAAAAGGUAGUAGGCGAAUCAAUUGUCCUGCUGAUUUCAGGAAAGUGAGAAAAUCUUCGAAGUGGCUACCGAAAAAUACCUGCGGACCAGCGUCUUUGUUGAAGUAGCCGAAAAUCAUCUUCGCUUCCAUGCCAUCCUCAGGAGGCAAAGCUCAAAUGUAGAAUAUCAGCGUCUGCUUAAAGACGCAGAAUAAGCAUUGAGAGCCAAAUCCACUGCAUAUGAAUAGCGUUCUGCAUAUAGUCAUACAUUGGAGUUGAAAUCUGAUUGGGCGCAUACCAGACACAUCAGCAAAUGGCUCCUUGUCGGAAGUCGACUUAUGGCCUAAGAUGCAACAGCUGAGUAGUAAGUGAACGUUCGUUAGAAGAAAGGAAACCUUGAGUGAAGUACGCUUUCUUUCUCCAUGUAAGUUUCUUUGAACUACUUAAUUAUCGGAUUGCGGAAAAUCAGUCAGCUGCAUGGUACACUUAUUGUUCCUAAGCCAGUAGUAAGAUUUCCCCAGUCACAAAUGUUAUUUCUAGGAGUUGUCUGCGGAACUAACACGAUUUUGAAGUCGCUACGGCAGAAUGACCAUUUCCAACACAAUUACCGUUGCAAUCAGUUUAGGCGGUAAAUAUUAUUAAUUAAUCGAGUGCUAGUCGCGAGCUGUAUACUAAAACAAAUCGGGACCGCCGUUUCCCGUCCACCAAACGGUAUUGAUCGAUGCAUGUCACUCACAUAGGACGGAAAUGACAUGGGCUCGGAGUAACCUUUAGAAGAAUUCAGGCUAAGCUCAGAGUAACAGAUAAGCAGCUCUGUUCGGAAUCCUGAUAUGUGUCUAAAGUUUGUAAGCGGCUUUAUGGGAACUGGCUGUUUUCCCAAUGGAGAUGGCAUAUCGAUAUCACUUACUUUACGAAGUAACAUUAUCGUUACGAACUGUCUCAAAAACAUCUUUUACAACGAAGGGCCUCAUGUGGAGCGCAAAAGGGUUUAUCGUGCUACCUCACAGUUGGACAACAAUGGUUUCUGAAAUAACUUGAAGUAUCGAUAUUUUUCGGUAGCAGGCAAUCAUAGUUUCCGGCUAUUUACACGUCUUAAAUUAUUACGCCAUUUGAAAAGCUGUAGCGACUAAGCAGUGAUGGUGUACACUCAGUACGCCACAACUUCAGGCCAUAUCCCAAGUUGUUAGAAGCAGGACGCCAUUUGGUUAGGACACUUUAUUCUGUACAGAAUAGUGAAGGGGAAAGUUGGCAAUCGCCCGAGGAUGCGUCCGGCGCCGCGGAGACGGCGUCCGCGAGAGCGACGAGCCCUGUGUCGCCGAAGGUCGCCGCUGCAAAAGUGUCGCUGCAGAUUGUUUACUCUAUUGUUCUGGACUGUUCCCGCCUGUCUUACCAAUCAACGAUAGGAGUUGCGUUGAUUGGCUCCGAGCCCACGCAAAGGUAGUGACAAGCCUCGCGUGGUGCAGGCAGAGAAUCGACCGGAUGCGUGGUGCAGACAGUGAAUUGCAAAGAGACAAAUCGAAGCCGGGCAGACGUGCGUGCCAUAGCAGGCUGUCGCUAGGACGUAGGUGCAGGCGAUAGCGAGAGGUGCGACGUAGCCAUUAGGGCUGUCCACUACAAAGCAUACACAAGUAGGCGCUGGUAGCGAUUUCACAGCGUCAAUGGAGUCUUCCCUUUAAGACUUAAGGCCCUCGCUCGGCACGCUGUAGGGCGCGGUUUGGCGGGAUGCAAUGCGACCAGAUUUCCAUACGAAUGUGUGUCCUUGAGAAUAAAGCUCGCAAGCCACUGGUUUCCGGCCCACUGAAUAUAAGGGCUUCAAAGUGUUUCAAAAUUUCCAGGUCGUUUUUAUACACUCGCGAAAUACCUUACAUAAAAUUAAGCGAUAUCUAAGCCGUCAGUAUCGUUCUGUCACAAUAAUCAACUAAGAUUUCAUGAAAAUGUGAAAAUUUAAAGAACAGUGGCUUGAUUUCCUUUUUAUAGAUUAUCAGCCUUAAAAGUUAUAUUCUGAAAAGAGGCCGACAUAACCGGGGUUCAUACUCAACAAGAAAUUUAUUGCUUAUAUCCAGAAAUCCAAGACAGUCCAAAAGUGAAUAGUAGCAUUUGAAGCAUAAACUUCGUCUUGCAGUGCCUUUACAUUCUCAGGAAACAACUGCAAUUAAGAAAUUCGUUUUUGGUGCAGCUUUUGAACGUGGUUGUCUUUUGUGUACUUUCGUUUACGUAGAUCCAGGCGUACUUACAGAGAGAAGUUAACAACCCUUUGUGAAUCGCUCAUGGAAAAACUACUGUCAGAAACCAUUGAAAGGUGUCUGUAAGUAUGUACUUUAUCGUAUUUCUCGUUUUUCAGCUCAGUCGCAAAGCAGAAGAUUGAUAUAUUAAUGAAUUUUGUAACAGAGGAAGUACUGGAGUCCUAG